UAAGGAAGAGAGAAUAAGUUUUUAUUGGAUCGAUCCCUUGGUCGAUCCUUCGCAUCGCAUUCGUAUCAAAUGUCUGUCCGGGUCACCCUGCAUCAAUCACCACCCUGUUCAUAUGAUGCCACAACAGGUACAUCGUGAGAACGGUAACUCACGCGGUACUCCAUUUUUGGCACUAUAAAUACAAAACAACGCUCCACAAGCAUAUUUAUCAAUCUUCGAUUUUCCACAAAAUAUAUAAUAUUUAAAAGGACCCACAUCGUUCUCCUUUCACCGUUAGCGGAAAUGGAUGACAAUGCGCCUAAAAUCCACACCAUCAAGCCCUAUUCCAAGGACAACAUCAGCUCGUGCCUGGAUGACAUCAAAACGGGCCGGAUGACCUGCUAUUUGGCCAGCAAGCGGUAUGGCAUUCCGGUGUCCACUCUUCGGUAUCGGUUGAGCGCCCGCUGGAAAAAGUCGAUCACGCCGGGACCAUCGACGAUUCUCACGGCGACGGAAGAACAGGAGAUAGUCGACUGGCUGCAGGACAUGCAGAGUCGGGGAUUUUUCAUGACGCGGGCGGAGUGCGUUUCGAAGGUUUCCCACUACAUGAAGUGGGUUGGGCGCGAGGCGGCGUUCAAAAAUGCUCAGCCAGGAAGAAGAUGGUGCGAGCUGUUUUUGCGACGUAAUACUAACUUCGCCCUGUCGAAGGUAACGACUACGCUUACUGCCGAAUAUAUUCGUAAUUGGUUCCGAGCGGUGAAGCAAAGGUUUGUCACGAACAAUCAUCUCGAAGUACUGGAACAACCGGCCCGGAUCUUUAUGGUGGAGGAAGUUUUUUUGUACUUCCCUGGGAAAGCCAGAACUAUGGCGGAUAUCGCUGUGAUGUUUGGUUUUGGAGCCUCUGGUUCGAUAGUUCAUCCCAAUAUACUUGUUUCCACUGAUCGAGCGCCCCAUGAUUUCAAAAUGCUCGAUCUCCCACCUGGAUGGGGUGUGAAGGUGUCCGAGCGAGGAUGCUUGGAUACACAAACUUUCCGCAGCUACAUUUUGGCCGUUUUCCACCCGUACCUAGUGCAGCAAGGCGUCAGACUUCCGGUUGUGCUGUUCGUCGAUGGACAUGCUUUGUCCCAAAUAGCAGAAAUAGACGACCUGUGCCAGUCACUGGGCAUUAUUCUCGUUUCUCUAUACAAUUCAAGUAACAUCAAUGCUGUGAAGCAGCCAACCAGCUGGGGAAUAUCCAAUGUAGUAAGGACCAAAUGGCAAAAGGCUCUGAAUAUAUGGCGUUCGGAUAAGCAAAAGCCGAUGCUCACUUUACCGUAUUUCGGUAUCAUUUUGCAAAGAACCAUGGAGCAAGAAGGUAGCAUUUAUAGUGAGAUUCGCAAUGCAUUUUUGAGUUCCGGUUUGUACCCCUUCAAUACCGAAGCCAUAGAUUACAGUAAAUUUCCUACUAGCACCACAGCUGAAAUCCUCACGCCACCUGACGAAUCUAUGUCUACCGAUCUAUUGGACGGCUUGCCUGGUUAUUCUGAACCGCCACUUGACGAAUCUGUAUCUUCCGAUCCAUUGGACGACGUCUCUGGUUCUUUUGAACCAGCAAAACAAUCAGAGCAAGAAUCGGAACCCGUCGCGUCGGAGCAAGUUAGCAUCAGUAUCGAUAGAAUCUACGAAGCGUACGACUUGAUCGAUAGUCACACGAGGACAAGGAUCCGAGGAGAUAUUCGUAGUCUCACGCGUGAGGAACGCAUCAUCCGAUUUUUCUACCGUGAGUUCAUCCAACCCAACGUCCAUUUCAACGACAGCCCUUUGGAGGAAAGUGCCGUGGCGAAAGGGGAACUUCAGUUGGGCGAAAUGAUGGUUGUGAAAAGUGAGCCACCAGAUUUCGAUUGCGGAAACGAAGAAAGUGAUCAAGUUGCCUCAUCACUUGAUGCGGCGCCAGUGAUGAAAGAAACUGUUCCAGAAACCCAAAUCAACGUGGAUACCGUUGCUGAACAAUUGAACGCUGAGACUGAACCACCAUCCAAAGAUGCAACUGUUACAGAAACCCAAAUCAAUGCGAAUACCUUUGUUACUCAAUCGAACCAAGAGACUGAACCACCAUUCAAAGACGCAAGUAUGUUCUGCCGUAUGUGUGGCAAUCCCCAUCGAACCAGCCAAAGAUUCAACAACAAAGACAUUCAAAGUGAGCCCAAGAUGAGCGCCGUCCUACAACUUUGCUUUGUGAACUACGAAGCUUUGCAUUCCGUAGAGUCGGUAUGCGCUGCGUGUUAUCGGGAAAUUAGUGUCUUCCGAGUAUUCCUACAAAAUUGCCAUGAAGGACAACGGAGGCUCAAUGGAAAGCUUAAACAAAUUCCAGACAGCAACACUGAACCAUCCAAUCAACUUCAAAGCAUGACCAUCCGUGUCCAAACAUGGCAGUGCGAGAAAUGUGAGAAAGCCUACGAUACUAAGCUUGAGCUCCACCAGCAUGUCGUAAACGAUCAUGGUGAAGUCUACUACACCUGCGACAUCUGCCAGGCGGUUCUCAAAACUAAAAACACUCUGUACCAACACCGACGCAUGCUUCAUGGCGAGCUGAAGAGAUGCGACUACUGCUCGAAACGGUUUUCAACCGACAAAAAGUAUGAGAAACACCUUCAAGAAGUGCAUCUUCUGGUGCAAAUGGGAGAUGCUACAGCGGGAGUGGUGGGUCAGCCCCCGAAUGGCUCAUACAUACAGGGAGGAACAAACCCUGACGGAGCGGGCCAAGUCUAUGGAUCGAUAUCGAGUGGUACAUCAAUGAAUAGUUGUUCGCCUAGCGUUAUUAAGUACGAACAGCACGAAUAUGGUGAGGAGGGAGGGUUUAGUGGAAAUAUGCAAUAAAACAGAUUCACCCUUUCUAAGGACAAACGCCAUGGAA